CCCUAAGGUUUUGGCAUGUACAGACGUCCUUCAAACACGAGUUUCUUGGAGUAUAAAAGACCUGACGGGGCAUCUCGGAAAACACAUUGUCAAAGUUCAGAAUUCCAACUGCCAGCAAUGAGGUCAUCAGUUAUACUUACUUUGGGUACCUUGGUUGCCAUCGCCUCUGGUGCAUCAUUAGAUGGCUACACCUACCAAAGCCCAGAAUCUUCAGGUAAUAGAAAUCAUGGAACCACAGGUGCCUCAUUCCAUUCAACUGAUUCAUCGGGAAGAUUCUUCCCCGGGGCUUCUGAACAGUCCUUCUCCUCCAACUUUGAGAGUGGACAUCCCUCGUAUAGAGGCACAGGAUUCUCUUCUGAUGCAAAUCCAACCUACCCAGAUAGUUCAUUUGGCACUUCAGAAACUGACUUCACUUCUUUCACAAGCAAUAACAUCAAACCAGGUCAACUGAACAGGCACGAAAACUUUUUCAGUGGUUCAUCUGGAAGGAAGAGCAAUUUAUUUGAUGGCUUUUCUGGUCGACAGACGUCCCCUUUUGAUAGACAAGGUUCUGAUGUUGGAAACAUUCAUGAUGGACAGUCGAAUAGUCAGCAAAACCCAUUUGGUGGACACACUGGGAGCUCAAUUCGCAGGCAGCGUCCCGGUUACGACACAGGAUCUCUCCACGAGCAACCUGGCACACAUGCAUCCUCUUUUGCGAGACUUCCUGCCACAUCCAGUAACUUCUUUGGCAGACAGCCAGAUGUACAGGGAAGCCCUGGACAGCCUUAUGGACAAGUUAGUACCUUGAAUGAAAACUUUGAUGAAAAUAUUUCUUCCAGGAUUCCUUUUGAUGGGCAAUUUAGUGGAAACUGUGGCUCAUUUAGAGGAAAUUCUAGAGGGGCUGGAAAUCCAUUUGAAAGUUAUUCUGGCAAUCAGAGGACUCAUUUUACUCCCACUGGUUCUUGUGAUGAACAAAUAAGAGGACAUGGAAGUUUCUUAAAUGAACAACCUGAAUAUGGAAGCUCGUUUGUGGGAGAAUUUAAUGACGAUGGAAGUUCAUUUGGCAGUCAUUCACCCCAACUUGGACAGCUCUUCAGAAGCCAGUCUACCCAACAGGUUGGUUCCCAACCAACUGGAAUUUCAAGUUCGACCAGUGUCCGGCAUUUUGAUAAUACCAGGACUCACGGCAGACCAUCCACAAAAUUUGGAAGUUCAUUUAGUGGACCAUCAACUGGACAAGGCAGACAGUCUAUAAGAAGUGGCAGUCCGUUUGUAGAGACUUCAGCUAGACCUGAAAGGUUCCAUGGAGGAGCGUCAUCAGGACAAGGCAACUCCUUUGAUGGGCAAUUGGGCAGUCACUAUUUGCCUCCAAACUGAAAAGAAUAUCUGAAUUUGCAAGAUAAAACAAAAAAACUAAAUAAUCCUGCAACUAGUAAGCAUUAGGAAGCAUUAGAUCAGUAAUUGCUUGAUUCACUCAUUCUUCGCCACAUGUUAUGUACUGUAAUCCUCAAACUGCAAGUAGUAAGCUGAAAUUGGUGUGAGACCUCUGAGCAUCUCGAGUAGACCGCUUAAUAAUUAAUAAUGAAAACAACAAUGCUUUUUUUUCCGCUUAUGCAAGCCUGCACAUGUAGUCAUAAUUCUGAUAGGCUUACAUGAAUUUCUGUAGAACAUAAUAAAAUAAAGUUAACCUUUU